GGAGGCCGUUGCCGAUUCGUGUCGCGUAGGGGGGAGACCCGGUAGGCGGCGUCUUUAGGACCUGGGGGAGCUGCCAUUAACGCUGCGGGCUGGCCACCUUGCGCAUGCGGACAAGCGCGCCCACCUCAUCAUCUCCAUCUCCAUGGGACGAUGCCUCUGACCUCGCCGCAGCGCAGGGACCGGGGGGCGACAUGGCGGGCGGCGGCGCCAGGCGGCAUUUCUUCCCGCUCACCAGCCUGCAAAUCGGGGAUUUACAGUCCUAUCUUGCAGAACUUACUAUAUUUCUGUGCCCUGAUACCAAGAAGUUCCUCAUAUUCCUUGACAACCGCCCAUGGCUGCUAGACCAGAACACAAAACCUGCUCACCUCUGGCAAUUGAUGGUUACCAAGUCAAGAUUCUCUCCUUUCGCGAACACUAGAGCUAGGAGAAAAAGAGAUGAAGCUGGCGAGAAACUUGUAUUUUCAGAAGGCCCAAUAUCUGCUCCAGAUUCGUGGAAUCCAUCAUCCAAAUGGUAUACUCUGAUUGAUGAUGCCAUGCGGAAUAAGAAGCUUCAAGUCAACAAAUUGAAGGAUUCUCGCCUGCUGAAUAGGGAACUGCAUCGGACAUUAUAUGGUUUUAUCAUUUUUGAGGUAGACUGGGCUGACGUGCGUGGCAUUAAUUAUUUGAAUGAACUUCAGACUGAUACAUCAAUGGUCGUUGAAGCUAAAAUAAUGAAGAGAUGGGAAUUCGAUAGUGUCAAUCAAGCUUCAUCUUUAAUCUCUUCUUGGUUCUCAGGAAAUUACUCCGAGUGUCAGAUCUUACAAGAUUAUUUGAACAGCAUCUCUCCUAAAGGUGAUGUAUUUUAUGAUGCCCUGAAUGACUUCUUAACACCUGAUUGGGACAGCGAGAGUGCACAGAGCGAUAGCGAUCAUUCUGGAGAUGUUCAAUGUGUUAGGGUGUCUUCAAGUUUCACAAGCUCAUCAUACACCCCACCACCUUGCUCUGGGCCUUACAAGAGAAGAAAGAUAAUAAGAUCGGAUUCUGGAAGUAACAUGUCUGAAGAACCAUACUCGGAAUUUGUGACCUCGCCAAGAUAUGCAUCCUCAUCAUGUUGCAGCGAUAAUGACUUUAGCAAGCCAUUGGUUGAGCCUAGCACAUACAAGGAUGUGUUGAUCUUGUUCCGGUUCAGUGAUGGUGAUCUGCCGUUCAGACUAAAAGAAGUUAUACUGUCUGAUGUGAGGCUGUUAACAUUACUUGAGUACGGCCUUCCUUCAUGGGUCAUUUUUCUUCAGUCAUAUCCAGUGUUCUGCAAGAUAUAUCGCCCAUGGAUGUGUCCUCUGGCCAGAGCAUUAUAUGUCUUGAUUUCAUUAAUUACUGUUCUUAUAGGAUUUUAUGACCUCUACAAGAAUGUCCCGAUGUUGAAGGCAACUGCCUCAAGAUUAUUUGGUCCUUUGUUUGAUUGGAUAGAGACAUGGGAAAUGAUCUCAAGGCUUAAAUAUCUUGGAACCAUGCUUUUUCUGCACCAUUUCGAGCAGGCUUUUACAUGGUCUCUUAAGAUUGUACGUGCUACUAAGUCUGUUCUUAGUGUUUUGACAAAGCCGGUUAUGGGUCCACUUUUGGAGGUUCUUGAAUUUACCCUGCCACUAUGGAACCUUUGUGCUGAAACAGUUGAAUAUCUAAGUUCAGCCAUAAUGAUAGUGAUGGAGACAUCGUGCAGUGCAGUUAUCAGUGCAGUACAGACGAUCAUGUGGCCAUUUUGGUUUAUCUUCAGUACUAUGUUUAAUAUAGCUAAUUCAAUUCUGUACCCUGUAAUUUGGUUCUUUGGAGAGAUACUAGCUGCACCAUUCCGACUUGUUGCUGCGCUAGCAAGUUUUGUAGCGGACUUCUUUGAUGAUAUUGUUGAUAUUUUAAGGCAGACCUGGUCGACACUAAGUUCAUUGUAUCAAGUUGGGUCUGCAUCCAGAGCCUCUGGUGUUACAUCCGAAACUACCAUUUGGGGGUCACUCUGGAAAGAUCUUCUGUAUCAGAUUUUCCGAGCAGUCCGAAGCAUUUUGUAUGGUUUUGUUGCCUUCUUUUCAACAUGCAACAGGCAUCGGCUCAGCAUCUAUAAUCAUAUAGAAGUACUUCUCCGGCGCCUAUCCCGCGCCUUAACUACCGCGCGGCAUACUGCCUCUUGUGAAGGAGCUCGGAAGUAUGCUAGUCAAAAUCAUCCUCCAAGGAAAACCAAGGAAAACUGAGGCGAGAUGACUGGAUCUAACAAAUUAACAUGUCAAGUAAGAAACUAAUUCAGAGGCCUUAAGAGACUGAGAUGAGAUAAAAGGUGGAAACUCCACUCUGAAUGGACCUCCUCAAGGAACUUAGAAGGGUCAUAGUACAGGACCCAUCAUAGAUCACCGUUCGGUGUUGCCCUCUCUGUAUGCCGUGGGCAACUGCUGAAGCAAAAACACUGCAACUGUACAUUCGCGAAAUCUGUUGUUGUGUACAUUAUAAUAGAAUGUAAUGUAAUUUAAUAGGUUGCUGUUGUAUAAUAGUAGGUUUGUGCAUAUCCUCUGGUGACUGAACAAGAAUUUUGUAAGUAUAUAAGUAUUUCCUUUGUUCAGUAACAGCACUGAACUCUUC